AUGGGAACUUGGAUUGGCCAUAUUGCACCAGGUGUAUUUUUUAUUUGUUUUGCUUUUUGGUGGCAUAUUAAUAAUUGUAGACGUUAUCUAAAAUCAUUAGCAAGUGAAGAAGAUGAUGAGAAGACAAAACAACAAAAACAGCUUAAAUUUCAAGGUUCAACUACUUAUCCUUGUUUCUAUUGUCCUAGUAAAACUAUUCGUCGUUUACCAAUUGAAAGUAUCUUAAAAAUUCUUAUAACAUCAAUUCAUUUUACAAUUGAAAUUAUAACUGGUUGGAAUUGGUCUCCAAGAAUUCAUCUCGGUGAUGAAAAUGCUCAUCAUACUGCAAUGUUAUUUGGUUUUUUUCUUGGUUCAUGGGUUGAAAUUUUAGUUCAUUAUAAAGUUCCAUUACCAAAACGUACUACUCAAGUAAUGGGAUUUUUAGCUUUUGCUAUAGAAGGUCUUAUGAUGGUAUUUCAUUUACAUGCACGAAGUAUGAUAGAUGCUCAUAUACAUCAAUUACUUGGUUUAACUAUUGUUUGUUCCAUGAUUUUUGCUAUUGGAGAAUCUUUUGAUCCAAAUAAUUUUUGGUUUAUAGUUGCAAGAAGUUUUUUUGCUUUAACACAAGGUACAUGGUUUAUUCAAGCAGCAUUUGUUAUAUGGCCAAAAACAACAAAUCCAUAUUUUCUUUGGGAUCCUGAUUCACAUCGAUCAGUUUCAUUAUUAACAAUGUCAUAUGCUUAUCAUUUAGCUGGAAAUGCAUUUUUAUUAAUUAUUGUAUAUUUAUUAGUCUAUAUGUUUGUAUCACCUUCAAUUAAAUUAAAUGAUAAUCAAGUAAAAGAUGAUGAAUUAAUUGAUGAAUAUAAAUUAAUUAUUAAUAUUAAUGAAGAUGAUAAUGAACUUUGA